AUGGAAGAAGAGAGAAAUCACACUUCUGUGGCCAUGUUUGUUCUCCUGGGACUCACAGAUGAACUCAAGCUGCAGCUUUUUCUCUUCCCAGUCUUGCUAGGGAUCUACCUAGUGACCCUAAUCUGGAACCUGGGUCUGAUCAUCCUCAUCAGGAUGGACUCUCACCUGCACACACCUAUGUACCUUUUUCUCAGUUUCCUGUCAUCUAUAGACAUCUGCUAUGCUACUUCCAUCAGCCCAAGGAUGCUUUCAGACUUCUUCAGAGAAGAAAAAGUGAUCUCUCUUGUGGCCUGUGCCACCCAGUAUUUUGUGAUGGCCUGGAUGGGCCUGUCUGAGUGCUGCAUUUUGGCUGCUAUGGCCAUUGACAGAUAUGUGGCUAUUGGGAGUCCUCUGCAGUACUCUUCCAUCAUGACACCUGGUCUCUGUCAGAAGAUGGGUGUUGGGGCCCUUGGGUGUGGUUUCAUUGGCAGUUUAGUUCACACAGUCCCCAGCUUCAGUCUCUACUUCUGUGGGCCAAAUGUCAUUCAACAUUUCUUUUGUGAUGCUCCCCAGAUACUUAGCUUGUCUUGUUCUAGUACAUUUUCCAGUCAAAUGUUUAUGUUUACGGUAGCUGUGCUAGUUGUGUUUGGUUCUUUGCUUGUUGUCCUUUUAUCCUAUGGUCUCAUUGUAGCUUCCAUUCUGAAGUCAUCCUCAGUUAAAGGUAGUGCCAAGGCCUUCAAUACUUGUGCCUCUCACCUGGUGGCGGUCACACUCUUCUAUGGCACGGCUCUCCCUGUGUACAUGCAACCUAGCUCUCAUCACUCGAAGAAACAAGACAAAGUGCUGUCAGUAUUCUAUGUUGUUGUCAUUCCUAUGUUAAACCCUCUUAUCUACAGUCUGAGGAACACGGAGAUUAGAAAAGCCCUCAAAAGGGUGAUGAAGAGGAGAACCCAUUCACCCCCAUAA